GCGCGCACACAGAGAGAGAGAGAGAGAGAGGUGGUCUCGCGCGCGUGACGCAGGAGGGGAUCGGACGGUUGGGCUCGAGGCGAGUCUGGAAGAUUCAAGUGCGAGGGAAGGGCGCGAGGCCCCCGACCGAGAGUCUGCGCCGCGUGAAGGUCACUCACUCACUCACUGACUGACUGACUGACUCGGCCAUCUUUGUCUGUGUGACAGCGAAAUCUGAAGGAGCAGUAACUUGUCGCAUAAGAGAGGUGGACCAGAUGAGAUUUGGUUAAAAAUAAGUUUUCUGACUCACUGCAAAAUUUCUAUAUUUUUUGAGUUGUGGAAACAGAUUAACAAAGACUGAAAUAACUGUCAAAGUAACCUACAGCACAGCAGGAUCAACAUGGAUAUUACAACAGACUGUCAACAAGACCUUUCAAAUGAGAUGUAUAGGCUUGGAACAUUUAUAAACUUUCCAUCUGAUGUCCCUAUUUCUGAAAGAACAUUGGCCAGAGCAGGGUUCAUUUACGCUGGUGUUAAAGAUCAGGUGAGAUGUUUUAGUUGUGGUGGAAUGAUAGAAAACUGGCAACAUGGAGAUUCUGCAGUCGGAAAACACAGGCAACUAUUCCCAGCCUGUGAGUUUAUUAACGGUUCAUGGUUGAACAGUGAGCAAAUGCCAACCACAUAUGCUGAAGGUCAUCAACUGUUAGAGAAUGGAACCCCUAGGUAUAUUAAUAGACAAUUAAAUAAUUUAAGUUCUCCUAUUGAUGAUGCGGUGAGAACUAAAAGCAUUGAAGACAUGUCUCAUCUACGACCUAGAAAUCCUGACAUGUGUAAUGAAGAAGAUCGAAUGAAUACCUUCAGUAACUGGCCUAGCUAUGGCAUAGUAGCUCCGAGAGAACUUGCCAAAGCAGGACUUUACUAUACCAGUAAUAAUGAUCAGGUUCAAUGCUUCAGUUGUGGUGGAUUAAUGCAAAACUGGGAACCUGGAGAUCGAGCCAUGUUAGAGCACAAGAGACAUUAUCCCAUGUGUUCCUUCGUUUUGGGAUAUGAUGUUGGUAAUAUACCCCAUGAACAAAAUAGUUGUACUGCAGGUGCAAUCCACCCUUCAAGUAAUAACGAACCAAGAGCAAACUUUUCCAGUUUUCCCAGACACCCAGACAAGCAGACAUUUGAUGCACGCCUCGAAACCUUCAGGUCGUCAGCAGGUUACUUUCAUAAUGUUGAAGACUUUGCGAGAGCUGGUUUUUACAGCACAGGUGAUGGAGACAGCGUGAAGUGUUUUUACUGUGAUGGAGGAUUGAGAAAUUGGGAAUCUGGUGAUGACAUCUGGGAACAGCACGCAAAAUGGUUUCCAGGCUGUGAUUUUCUGAUUCAUCAUAAAGGCCAGGUUUUUGUGAAUGAAGUUCAGUUAAAGAAAUUGUUCAAUUCUACGACUGGAGUGUUACCAGAAGACUAUCUUUCUAAACCGGAACCAGAAGACCGGCUAAUGACAACCGCUGCAGUUCAGGGUGCUCUUGGAAUGGGUUUUGACAGAUCGCUGGUGAAAGAGCUAGUUAAAAAAAAAUUUCAGGCAAUGGGUGACAACUACACAUCUGUUCAAGCUCUUGUUGCAGAUCUACUGAUAGCUGAAAAAGGAGGAACCCAAGAUGUGGAACAGGGUGACAAACCAAAUAAAAGUAUAAGCAUGGAAGACCAGUUGAAAAAGUUGAAGGAAGAGAAGUGUUGCAAAGUUUGCUGGGAACGAGAUGUUUCCAUUGCCUUUGUACCCUGUGGUCAUGUCGCGACUUGUAAAGAAUGUUCUGUUGCUGUCUCCAGUUGCCCUAUAUGUUGCGUGAAAAUUCAAGAGAAAGUUAGAAUAUACAUGUCUUAAUAACUGAGCGAUAGCUUUGCUAUUAAGUAAAUAUAAUUUAUCUGAAGGGUUUUACUAUAAUUAAAUUUGCUGAGAUUUUAUUAAGCCUAUGCACACCAAUAAUAUCCUGUUUAGGCUGCACUGUUGGAGGUGGCCUGUGCAUACAUGCUAUCCACAAGAAGUGCCACUAAUAUCAUGUACAGUAUCCUGAAAGUGACAUUUGUAGUUCUUCCUGUGCAUCACACACAAUACAUAGGAUGUGAUGUCAGCGGUAACCCUAAUGAUGAAGUCCCUCAUUUUUCCGCACCUCACUUAUGACAUUGAGACAAUGAACCCAGCCAAUUGCGUUCUAUAACAGGGUUUCUCUGUAAAUGGUAUUUACUAGAUUAGUGCCAAAUCCACAGGUUUCUUAAAAGUUGGGCAGAAAUUCACUAUUACUACGACAUUGUCUAUUAUGUUGGAAAACUCUUGGUGGUUGAUCAUGCGCCAUAAUUUAUAUGAAAGUCUUCUUUACCUACAAAUCAUGUUCCUUUUGAUUAUAAAGUAAUAAAUACUGAUUUCUAAGCACUCUGAGAUGGUACCCUGCUUGGAGGCGCCAUAUAAGUGCAAGUUGUUGUUACCUGAAGAACAUGUACAGUAUCUAACAUUGUAUGGAUAUAUAUAAUACUGAAGUUAAUAUAUUAGCUAUUUAGUGGAGCUGCCAUUCAUUCUGCUUGUCAUUUGUUCUUAUUCAAAUGUAUUUUCAUUUUUAAAAUUAUGUAGUAGCAUUCUUGUUUAAACUGACAACAUUGUUCCUUAGGUAUGUGCUUUUACAGGAAGGUUUCCUCAAUCAUAUCUAGGCUUCCUCAAUCACUUGGCUGAAUAAAUACACAAGUACAUUAGAUUGGAACAUUCAAUUUUAGUCGGUUGCAUUCUCCUUCCACCAUUAUUGUGCAAAUUUAAAAUGCACCUUAAGUGAAUGUAUUGAGCUGGCAGCACAGUGCAAAGUAUGUAAUGCAGUUUUUGAAAUGGUUUGGCAAGGAUUAAAAAUGUUGGGUGUUAAUCAAAUUUGCACGCCAUGGUUGUUAUGUCAGUCCUUGGCAUGCUGCCAGAUAAGUAGUACACUCCCAUCUUUCUGUAAGAGAAUUCAGGAAAACCUGCUUAGCUUGUUUGUGCCUUUUUAUCCUAUCACAAAGUACUAAUGGUGCCUUGAUCUACAGAAUAAAGCAUCCCAUUAAAAGCUGAAGUAAACUCAUUGUGGCAAAAUGGUUCCAGGGAAGGGGAAUUGUGGAUUUUUGAAAAAGUAUAUAUGCAUUCAGUACAGAUUCUAAGUUUCAUUUGAAAUUCUAAUUCAAAAGGUAAUUUUUGGAAUUGUAUAUAUUAGUAUUAGAAUUAUAGUCACAGGUGCAAUAUUUAUAUAAUAUUGAUAAAUAAGAUUGGAACUAAAAGUGAAAAAAGUAACUUCAAAUGAUUUGUAUGGACUGAAAUUGUGGACCAAUGGGACCUGAAAUAACUUUUUAGGUUCUCUCAUGGACCAGACAAUUAAGUCCAUGGUGUAACUGAAACGGCUGCUUCAAUCCUGCCCUACAUAGCAGAACACUAACCGAAUGUUGUGCUGUAAAACAAUGGCACAGAAUAUUGAGAACUUGUCUUGUUUAUAAUAAACUAAAUCAAGCUGCUUUAAGACGCAAAUGUAGAGCGUUUAAUUCUUACAAUCAGUUUUUUAAGAUUUCAUUUCUUUUAAAAGCUAUUUAUAAAUUGGCGUUAAAUUAAACUGAGAGGCGUUGCUUUCUACUCAUCCCAAGUCGCACAAGAAAGUAUAAAAUUAAGAUGCUAGAACUAGAUUCUUGGUCGAACUCGUGGGAAUGAGUGCGCAGAUCCAUUUUGGUCAUUUUUUAAAAAAAAAACUAGUUCAUUCUUUCAGUAAAUGUCAAAUAAAGAAUUAACAGGAUCGUUAGCGAAUAUUUAAUAUGGCUGUGACAAGUGGAUAAUUUUGGUAAAUAUACCAUAUUGUUUUCAAAAUGUACUUCGAUUUUGCUAUGUUUUAAUUUACUGUCCAUUACUCUGUUAAAUAUUUUUUCUUAAAGUAAUUGUGCAAGAAUGAAUUGUUUUGCUGCUCAGAACUUGUGCAUAAUAAAAGCUGAUCGUUAAAUUUU